CCCCCUUUCUCAUUCAAAACCCUAAAUCACUACAAACUAAAAACCCUUAUCUGAUCAUCCGGUUAUUUUGCAAAAGCAAGAAUCAAUAAUCAUUAAAAAUCGAAUACAUUUUUCUGUUUUCCUUUCAGAAAUUAAUCGAUCAGUUUCUAGGUUUUGGGUGAAUUGUGGGCCUAGGGUUUUUUAGUCAUCAGAAAACACCAGAGUGCUGAAUUCACCUGUCGUGUUGAAGUCAAAUGCAUACGCAAUAGCUAAGAGUGGUUCAGGCUGACAUGUGGCGGUGGGAAUUGCAUGAAAGGUGUGGGGCGUGAAGACAACGAUAUGUGGUGUGAUGGGUGCGAAAACCCCGUUGUCUUCCCGAGAGCAAGUUUCAGGCUAGAACUCGAGGUGUUUGACUCAACAGCCGAAGCUGUCGUUGUCUGCUUUGAAGACACCGCCCAACGCUUGACAAAGACCACUGCUCAUAGUAUACUCACAGCAGAGUCUGGCCUAUCACGCGUCUAUAACCUUUAUUCCACUGACAUACAGGAUAAGUUCACUCCGGUGAUGGUAAGGAACGUUGAUGGAAGCAUUUCAACACUGUCGAAUUGUUUGCACUCUCUUGUGGGCAGCACUCAGACCCUCCAGCUUGAUUCGUGUACGUAUUAUGAUCAUAGCCAUUUUGAAUCCUUCAACUGCAAGAAUGUCCUGCUAGAUGGGGAUGGUUGUAAGCCCUUUGGUUCUUCCACACCUCCAUCGAUCCCCGCUAAAGACAAGGGUGUGCUACCCAUACCGACACCAGUUAAGCGCGUUGAAGCGAUCAUAAGGCCUACUUAUGCAGAUUCGGAUUCAGAAGAAACAGUUGACAGUGACCCACAUGAAAGUUGGCUGGUGAUGGGAUUGGGGAUGAUGGUGGCAUGCGUUAGCUAAAGUUUGGUCUAUGUGUUAUCCAAUAAGAUAGGAAGGCGUGCGAGAGUUUAUGCGUUUUUCCUUUUUCUGUUUCAUGUUUUUUUUCCUUGGAAGACAUCUUUUUUCACUUCUUUUUGGCCGGCAAGUUUUGCCAAGGAAAUAACUUAUGGUACAUGGUUUAAUAAAGUUUAAGCACGCCCCUUUGUAGGCGUAU